AUGUCCGAUCCCCCACCUGAUACCCCAGCACCUGAUAACCAGGCUCAGCAGCCACCACCACCGACCCCUGCGCCCACAAGUUUUUUGCAAGCCAUGGCAGAGCUGAAUCGCCAGUAUCCUCCUUCUCAACCUACAGCUGGCCCUAGUGGCCAAUCCAGUGCCGCAGGCGGCGCGAUGUCACCUAUAAGACCCUUGCCACUGACCUCCGUUCAGUCUGCACCUGCACGGCCAGCUAACCCUGCGCCGACCCCCCAACAGUACAUGGAGGUGGCGUCGAAGGUUACUGCCCACCAUAUGAAGAAUUGGGAGGCUCAUCACAUGGCUCCGGAAGAGUUCCAACACUUCCGACAACUCACUAAAUCGCAAAUCCAGCGCGUCCGCGAGCUGGAGGCCCGCCUGGAACAACAAUUGCCAAACCCGGAGUUGCGUACCGAGCAAGAAUUAUUCAUCAGGCGUAUGGAAUACCGCAUCUACUUCCCUCGGACGUUCAGGAUAAACGACCUCCCUACGGAAAUUAUGGACAACAUUUUCCGGUAUAUCGUUUGGACGUCGGGGGACCAGGUCACUAGUGUCAGGUGGCGCAUGUGGCUCACAUGGGUCUGCCAGCACUGGCGCAGUAUUGCUUUGGCCGACACGACUCUUUGGAACGCGAUAUGGUUCAGAGACCCACCCAACUACGAGAGGUCGUUGCUCUUCUUCGAGCGGGCAGGCCACAGCGCGAUCGACAUCCGCAUCGACGACACCAAGGCCCGUCCGAUGACCUUGCAGGACAUGUCCAAGCUCGUCGACAAGCUGUUCGUCAAGCUCUCCAAUAUCCGACUGUUGGUCAUUGUUGUCCAAGAUUGGGACCCGGCCCUCGUCGUCCUCAAUGGCCUUCGUCGCGUAGCCACUGAGAAUCUUCCGAUGAUCAUGGAGCGCUUCGAACUUCACCGGGAUGGGUCGCCUUACGUCCAAGUGGGAACAGGCUACCACCCCGAGGUCUACGCGAGGCCCAUUCCAUUGUUCGGUGGCGCAUCGGUCCCCACAUUCAACUACCUGUCACUCAAUGGCAUCCACAUCGACUGGAAGAAUUCCAUCCUUCGAAACCUCACCACGCUCGACAUGCGCCGUAUGCCACUCGAGCGCGCACCUAACCUCGCGGGCUUCCGCUCGCUCCUGCAGAAUUGCCCCUUGCUGAAAAAGCUGAUCAUGGACGGCGCCGGGCCCAAGUGGGUCCAGGACCCAGCCAGCGGCCGUCUCCCUCCCGUCCUCCUCCCUGAGCUGCAGGUCCUCGUCUUGGGCGACUUCAGCAUGACGUACGGGUGUUUCUUGUUCUCCCACCUCGCCGUGCCCAAGGUCAUAGACCUGACCCUCAUCAACCUCUUCGGCGACGACUUCUCGCCCUUCUUCGACCUCAUGAGGAACAGCAUGCCACUCGUCAAGAUUCUCACCAUCUUCACGGCAAAGGUCACCCUUACACCCCCGGCUAAGGCCGCCGCGAUCAAGUGGCUCGCGUCCAUGCCCCAAGUAACGUAUCUGCGCCUCGGUAACGUGGAGAAGCCCUUCCUCGACCUCUUCGUCUCUGACGACAAGUUCCGGAGGCUGACGGACAAUUCGCCCCCGCCCAAAAAGAUCGUGUGCCCCAAGAUCGCGUAUCUGGAGUACCAGAACAUCGACACGCCGCUGGUCGCUGACUGGCUCAGGGCACGGAAGAGUAUCAAUGUGCCUUUGAAGAAAGUCUACUUGCCCCCGAGCAUGGCGGCAACUUUCAACAGGGAGAAGUUUCUUCUUCUCAUGUCCAUGUUGGACAGGGGGGGCACGGUUCAGGUGCUGCUCCCGAACAACAAGCCGCCCGAGGAGGAGGCGUUGGCGGCCUAA